GCUUGGGUUUAGGAGGAGCACCUUGGGUAGGGAGGAGCACCCUGGGUAGGGAGGAGCACUUUGGGUAGGGAGGAGCACCCUGGGUAGGGAGGAGCACCCUGGGUAGGGAGGAGCCCCCUGGGUAGGGAGGAGCACCCUGGGUAGGGAGGAGCACCCUGGGUAGGGAGGAGCACCUUUGGUAGGGAGGAGCACCUUUGGUAGGGAGGAGCACCCUGGGUAGGGAAGAGCAUCUUGGGUAGGGAGGAGCACCCUGGGUAGGGAGGAACACCUUGGGUAGGGAGGAGCACCCUGGAUAGGGAGGAGCACCCUGGGUAGAGAGGAGCACCCUGGGUAGGGAGGAGCAUCAUGGGCACCCAGAGGUGAGAUAGGAACUAAGAUAAGAGAUAAUAAUAAUCACGUCAUACAUUGAGCAUUCCCAUAUGUCAUCUAUUGCUUUAGGUACUCUCAAAGUAUUAGUUUGGUUCUCACGGGCUUUUAUCUUCAUUUUCCUGAUGGGGGCAACUGGCAGGGGUUAAGUGGCUUGCUCACAUCACCCAGCUACUGUGUGGCUGGAUGAACUCAGGAUUCGAACUCAGAAAGCUGAGCUUCAGAAUUUGCGGUAAUUUUGGGGCCAGGCUAGUUGUUCGAAAAAAAGCAUAGCGCCUUUGCAAAAGGUCUCAAGCACAAAAUUUAAAAUAGUUUCAAAAAUUGAAGACUGCAUUGUUGGCUUGAAGAUUCCUAGAGGGAUCCAGAAGUUGGUGGCCUCACACUCACUCUUAUCUGAGCCCCAAGUCCGGCAGGAUCCCCAUCCCUGCCCCUCGGCUUCCCUCCGGUCUCCCUGCUGAUUCACUCCCACCACUGACCACCACAUCCCAGUCAUGGCCUUGGUCCUGCAGCUGCUGCCUCUGUUGCUCUCAAAGGUCCAGGGGAACCCCCAGGUUUCUCUGGAGGGUAACCCUGGGGAUCGAGUGAAUCUCUCCUGUAUAGGGGUCUCCGACCCCACCCGCUGGGCUUGGGCGCCUAGUUUCCCAGCAUGCAAGGGCCUGUCCAAAGGGCGCCGUCCGAUCUUGUGGGCCUCGACAAGGGGGACUCCAACUGUGCUCCAGCCCUUCUCUGGCCGCCUGCGUUCCCUGGACACUGGUAUCAAGCGGCUAGAGCUGCUGCUGAACGCCGGGGACUCUGGCAUCUUUUUCUGCAAAGGACGCCAAGAGAAUGAGAGCCGCACAGUGCUUCAAGUGAUAGGGGACAAGGCAGGUUGCCGGCCUUCGGGAUCUACCCACGGGUCCGAGUAUCCCAAGGUCCUGAUUCCGCUGCUAGGUGUUGGGCUUGUGCUGGGACUGGGAGCCUCGGGCUUGGUCUGGUGGCGGCGCAGACGCUCGCCCCCGCCCCCGCCCCCGCCCCCGCCUGGACCACUACCCACGUUUGCUCCAGUCACAAACGCUGAGCCGCAGAGGCCUUUAGAAGAGAAGUCUAAGAUCCCAGGCCACCUGGACCAGGAGCCGAGUCUCCACUAUGCUGAUCUGGACCACUCUGUCCUUGGGAGGCACCGCCGGAUGUCCACAGUGGUUCCUGGUGACGCCUCCACUGUCUAUGCGGUUGUAGUAUAAAGGGAAGCCCUUGUUCUGCCAACCCUUCAGAUCUGGGGCUUCCCUGUAUAGCCUCAGCUAGAAGGGGAGGCACCAUGUAUAGAGGCACUCUCAUCUAGGAGACUGGCUACCUGCCUUGCGCUCUGCUAGUGUUCAGCUUUUUGAGCCACUUCCAUCUUCUCGAAUGUCUUUCCUUCUCCGCGGAUGCUCUCUCUACUGUCUUAAGUUUUUGUUUGUUUGUUUGUUUUUGUUUUUGUUUUUUCUUCAAGACGGGGUUUCUUUGUGUAGCCCUGGCUGUCCCGGAACUCUGUAGACCAGGCUGGCCUCUCGAACUCAGAGAUUCACCUGCCUCUCCUCCCAACUUCUGAGUUUAAAGGCACUGCCUGGCCCAAUCAAGCAUUAUGAACUUUAGACAUAGACCUGCCUAGUUUACCCUUCUGACUGUAUGCCCUCUGCUCAUUGGCUGCUGCCGCUCAUCCACUGAAAGGUUGUCAGUAGGGGCUGGAGAGAUGGCUCAGUGGUUAAGAGCACUUACUGAGUUCAAUUCCAGCAACCACAUGGUGGCUCACGACCACCUGUAAUAAGAUCUGCUGCUCUCUUCUGAAGACAGCUACAAUGUACUCACAUAGAUAAAAUAAAUAAAUCUUUCUUAAGAGAAGGUUGCCAGUGAUGUCAUACCAAAUGAUAACAUUCACCCCUCUUUUUAAAAAUUUAUUGUUAUACAUAAGUACACUGUAGCUGUCUUCAGACACACCAGAAGAGGGCAUCAGGUCUCAUUACAGAUGAGCCACCAUAUGGUUGUUAGGGUUUGAACUCAGAACCUUCAGAAGAGCAGUCAGUGCUCUUAAGCACUGAGCCACCUCUCCAGCCCACAUUCACCCCUCUUUACACCAGGGUUUACUUUGUUGCUAUUGUCGGUGUAGCUGCCCCGCCUUUCUGCUUGCCUCUUAGUUUCUCCUCCUUAUUCCUCUUCUAGGAAGCUGGCCAAUCAAUCCUCAGCCCCCACUGACACCCAGUAUUCCUUCUAACCCAGAUCCCAGACCUAGGACACUGUAUCUGGAUGGCCUCAGGCAUUCUGCCCAAGCCAGGUCAAACCUGACUCAAUCAUUUCUCACCACCCCCCCCCCAGGGUUUCACUGUGUAGCCCUGGCUGUCCUGGAACUCAAGCUGUAGACCAGGCUGGCCUCAAACUCAGAAAUUCGCCUGCCUCUGCCUCCCAAGUGCUGGGAUUAAAGGUGUGCACCCCCACUGCCCGGCAACUCAGUCAUUUUUUUAAGCCACCCCUGGGUCCUCCUCUGCAAUCUCUUGAAGAACCUAAGUUGCCCAAGCCAGAACCUUGGAGUCAGAGUACACAACCUCCUCUCCACACAAGGACUUAUGGGGUGCCUGUUCUCCCCUUCCAUUCCUUUUGAAGUCAGGCUUCCCUGUGGCUGAGGCUGGCUUUGAAAUCCUGCCCUCCUUGCCUCCACCUUCAGUACUGGGAUAAGAGUGAAAGCAGGCUGGAGAGAUGGCUUAGUGGUUAAGAGCACUGACUGCUCUUCCAGAGGUCCUGAGUGCAAAUCCCAGCAACCACAUGGUGGCUCACAACCAUCCCUAAUGAGAUCUGAUGCCCCUUCUGGGGUGUGUACUUACAUAUAAUAAAUAGAUAAGUCUUAAAAAAAUAUUUUAAAAGUGAUUGUAAGCAUGUACCACCACACGAGGCCUUGUCAGUAGUAGGGUCACUGUCUGUACCUCUCUCCAUGCCCAAUGCUGCCACCAGAAUGUACUGUCGUCAUUUGCUUCAUGGGUGACCCACAGAGCCCUCUGAUCCUCUUGCCUCACUCUUCCUAUUCAAAGCCAGAGAGAUCCCCGGGAUCAACCACUGGUUCUCUCCCAAGCCUUCAGCUCUGGGGCCGUUAGCGUGGGCUUUGCGUACAGGCUUGGCCCCCUCUUAGGCCUAUCCAUUCUCUGUGUACACGUGACCCCCCUUAGAGAGUCCCUCAGUGUUCUCCCUACAAUAAUCGUUGGCUCUUUGAAAUAAAUUCUGUCUUCUGGA